AUGAACCCCCCAGGGGGCUUCCAGCCCGGGCGCCCACACCCCGCCACGGAAGAAGACAAGAGCACCUUGAUCUCGGCGCAGGCCGGCCCCGGCCAUGAUGACUACACUUCGGAGUACCCCCCUCACGAGGGCCCCAAGCCGGGGUCCUACUUCGCCGGGGGCCUUCUUCCGGGCGUGCCACCCCGGCCCGACAAUGGGGACUUCCCCGGGUCCGGGCCCGGAUCCGGGGCCAACACCGUGUCCGCCUCCUCCUCCGGCGGCUUCUACCUCGAGGAGGGGUCCUUCCAUGCGACGGGGGACCUGCCACCGCCCCUGGCCCCGGGGGCUGGCGGGCCCGCUGCUGGAGCCUACAUGGGACUGUCGCUGUCGAGCGGCGGUGGCGGCUUCGGGGCCCCCUCGGCCGAUGUUCACCUGGCCCCCGGCGGGCUGGCGGACUACUCCGGUAUUUUCCACGCCCACGCGGGCCAAGUGCAGCAGCCCCCGCACCAAGUCCAGCCGGCUGGGGACUUCUCCCAGCAGGCCCUUCUGACCAUUCCCGCCAGCCAGGGCUCCUCGUACCAGGCCCAAUUCCUCGGGUAUCACCCUCUACAGGGUGCCGGGCCCGGGGCGGAUUUGGGCGUGGCCGGCGGCGCGGGCGGUGGCAAUAGCACCGGCAAUGGAAGCGUCGGCGUCGGCGUCGGCGUCGGCAGUGGCGGUGGCGGGCCCGGCGCAAGCAACGGCACCACUGCCGGCAAUGGCACCGGCCACCCGGCCUUCGGGGGGAUGAUGCAUCCGGGCGCCGGGCCUGGGCGUUUGGCCGAGGAGUCGGAUUUCGUUUUCGCCGGCUCCUCCGCGGCCGGGGCCGCCGGCCUCGCCCUCGGGGCCCCGGGGCAUGCCUUCCACCCGACCCACCAUGCGGCCAUGCACCAUGGCCAGCUGCACCACGGCCAGUUGCACCAUGGCCAGCUGCACCACGGCCAGCUGCAUGCCCAUCAGGGCCAGCAUGCGCACCAUAUGCUGGCACAGCAGCAGGUCCACCAUCCCCACCACCACCCGCACCUGGCCCAGGUCCAUGCCUUCCAUCACGGCCACCACCAUGGGCCACACCAUGGGCAUCACCACAUGCCGGGGCUCGCAUCGCAGGCGGUCCCGCGCGAGCUGAUCGGCCUCUCGAGCGACUUCAUCUCCGGCAUCAUCCAGCAGCAGAAUGCCCAGACCACCACGGCCGGGGGCAGCCUCAGCGAGCUGUCGCCGCCCAUCAACAAGAAUGUCUCCCUGCCCGGGUCGCGGCCCAAUGCCCUGAACAUGUCGCUGCUCAUUGCCAAGAUCCGGACCCCGACGCACACCGGCGGCGAGCUGACCGCCGACGUGGGCAUCACCCUGUGUAUGCGGCUCAACCGGCUGACCAAGAUCUUUUGCUGCACCGAGCCCUCCUGCAACAAGGCCUUCCACCGGUUCGAGCACCUGAAGCGCCAUCACCUGAUGCACACCGGGGAGAAGCCCUUCAAGUGCGAGACCUGCAACAAGUACUUCAGCCGCCGGGACAACCUGGCCCAGCAUAAGAAGAUCCACAGUCGCGACGCGCGGAAGUCCUCCACCAGCUGCCCCUCCGGCGGGCCGGGCAAUGACCCCGGCGAUGAGGACCCGGUGGAUGAUGAGUGCCUCUCGGAGCCGGGAAGCCCGUUGGGCCUGGAGCCGGGGGCCGUGGCCCCGGGUGGCAGCCUGCGCGACGAGUAUUCCGACGUGGGCUCCGAGUCGGCGACCUCCUCCUCGGCCCCGGGCAGCCGGCGCGAGUCGCUGCAUGACAUGCCGCUGGCCGUGGGGGGGCUUCGAGGCCCCGGGGCCGUGGAGUAUGGCGACCAGGAUCUCCGGUCGGACCCGCCGGUGGCGGCCCCGGGGGCUGGCGGCGAGCGCCGCAACAGUGCCAACACCGAGCUCGCCCGACUGGGCCGGAUUUCGUUGGAGUCCUCCGAUCCGCCGGUUCCGUCCGGGCCCGGGGAGGGCGACGACCGCCUGGCCCCGGGCAGCCUGCCCGGGCACGAUCCCACCCGUGGGCCCUGGGAGCGCAUGACCAGCAUGUUACAGGGGGCAGGCGCCACUGCCGGGCGGUCCCCUAGUGGCGGUCUCAUGAUGCAUGGUGCGGCUAUGCCGCCGGAUCUCCCGUCGGAGAUGUCUCAGCCCCUGCUGCCCGCACGUUCGAACCGGAACUCCUGGCCGCCGCCCGGUGGCCCGGUGUUCUUCCCGCCUUCUGCCGACCCCGGAGCCAGCCUCCACAGUGCGGCCUACUCGGCGGGCUCGAGCCAGGGCGGCAUGGGCAUGCCGGCGGGGUCGCUUCUCGCCCAGCCGACCGGUCCUGCAUCGGACAUGGUUCUCGAGGAGGACAGCCGCGAGGGGGGCGCCGGCCUCGGUGGCGAGGGCAGCCUCCUCCGACCCCUGCUGCACCACCAUUCGCACGCGGCGCAGCACUCGCACUUCCACCAUGGGCAGUAUGCCUCACAGCAGCAGCAGCAGCAGCAGCAGCAGCAACAGCAAAACUCGCCCUACCAUCAGCCCCACGCCCAGUACCAGUACCAGCCGGGCCCGCCAUCGCAAUACCACCCGCCGGCCUACCACCCGCACCCGGACGAGGAGGAUGCACAGGAAGGUGACGACCAGCCGUCAUCCUCCCGGCGUGGCAGCACCGAGCACUUUCUGGCAUCGCGCUCGGACGGCGCCUCCCCGAAAGAGGCCGCACACCGGGGCCUGCUGCAGUCGGCGGCCUUCCGGUCGUGCUUCUCCAGCGAGAGCCUCCCGCUCAAUGUCCACCGGAAUGACUCGAACCUGGGGCUGGGCCCCGGCGGGCCGACCGGCUUCGAGGGCGGGCUCUUUGACAUGGGCAUUGCUGGCAUGCGCGGCGGCCCGCCGGGCGGGGUGGUGGUGGUGGCCGCCUCGCCGGCCGCCUCGCCGGCCCCCUCGCCCGCGGCGCACCACACCAGCGCCUUGGCGGCCACCGGGGCCGGGCCUUCGCCAGGCCCGCCGACCGGGUCCCCCUUCGGCGGCCCGGCCCCGGGGCGCAUCCUUCGCCGGUCGCAAAGCAACAUCGAGCACACCGGCAAGCCGCUGUCCUUCCCCCCGGGGUCUUCCUUUGCUUCGCUGUCCAUGGGGCUCUUCGGCGAGGGGAGCUUCGGUCUUGGCCAGCCGAUGCCGCCCGGGCCGGAGCACAACGACGCCGGGGGCUACUUCCGGUCGGUGCCCUUCUCCGGCAAUCUCUCCUUCGGCACCGGGCCGGGGGGCGACUUCCAGGCAUUCCAUGGGACCGGUGGGGGCCCGGGCUCCGGCCCCGGCCCCGGCCCCGGCGGCCAGUAUGCCAGCCCCACAGGCCCCAGCGCAGGCGGCUGGCCGUCUGCCGAUGCGCCGGACAGUGACUCCGGCACGCGGGUCACACGCUUCCCCGAUGAUGGCCAGGCCCGGCGGGCGGCGCAAGCGGCACAGGCUGCUGCGGCCGCCGCGGCCGCGGCCGCGGCCGCUGCCACUUCCCCCAGCCCGGCUUUUGGCGGCCCCGGAGCGGGGCUGGCUGCCGGCGGUGGCACCGGGCCCGGUGGAUGCGGCGGCUGUGGCGGCUGUGGCGGAUGCACUGGCACCGGGGCCCCGGGCAGCGGGCUGCCCUUCUGCGAUGCAUCCAGCGCGGCGGCGGCCGCCGCAGCCGCCGCCGCCGCCGCCGCCGGCAACAGCACCCCCCUGCGCCUGGGUGCCUCGACCCCCACAUCAGGCAUUCGGACCCCGAAACGCGUGUCUCGAACACGCAGUCACAUCGAAACCGCCCGAGGCAUCUCCGACUACAAGCACAGCACCGAGCUCUCGCCGGAUGAUGAUCUGGGCCCGGGCCCGGUGUCGCCGGCUCCGGCGAGCUUCGGCGGUCGGCGCAUCGGCAAGCGCCGUCCCUCGCCGGCGGUCAACUCCCCGCGCGUCAACCGGCCGCAAUUCCCCCCCGAUCGGAAAUUGUCGGACGUCGGCCGGCUUUUCCCCAGCGGUGGCCCGCAUCACCAUCAGCAGCAGCAGCAACACCAACAGCAGCAACAACACCAACAACACCAACAGCAGCAGCAGCAGCAGCAGCAGCAGCAGCAGCAACAGCAGGCCGGUAAUGGCCAAUACCCCGGGGGUGGCUCGACACCCGGUACUAGCUUCUACGCCUCGGGGCCUGGCGCCCUGGAGGAUGGCGGUCUGCUGCCUCCGCCGCCGCCGCCGCCGCCGCUGCAGUCGAGUUCCGGCGAAGGCUGCUCCGGCAAUAUGGCAUCCGGCCAGCACUUCGACUCGCGGUUCCCGUCCUUCGGGGGGCCGAAUGCACGCUCGGGCAGCUUCGACGCCACGGCCGGGCAGCCGCCGGUCCCCGCGCCGCCUGGGCAUGGUGGCAGCGGCGCGGGCAGCGGCGGCCAUGGCAGCGGCAAUGCCCUGUCCAUGGCGCAGCUGUCUACGUCGUCCGCCUCGGCAGCCGGGGCCUCUUCCACGGGGUCAUCCUCCUCGACCAGUCCCUUUGGGCUUGGGCCUGGCGCCGGCGCCGGCGGCCAAUACGGGCUUUUGCAGCCACCCGCGGCCGACAGCGAGCUCACCAUGCGUCGCUGCCUGAGCGCCAGCUCCACCGAUUCCGCGGGGCUCAGCACUGGCGGCGGCGGCGGCGGCGGCGGCGGCGGUGGAGGCGGUGGUGGUGGCAAUACCACAGGCCCGGCAGCCAACACACCCGCUCGGCCCCUGAGCUUCCACCACCACCAACUGCUGAUGCUGGUGGAGGAUGUGGACCAGGCGCCCACAAACAUCCUCGCCGGCGGUGGGGGAGAUGCCCGUACCCCCGGAGGCGCGGGAAGGGUGUCCAGCGGGGGGCCCUCGCCGGGCCCCUGGCUGGGCCCAUCCCCGGCCAUGGGCACAUCUGCCUCGCCGAGCGCCAACGGCGGGACCAGCGGCACCGGAGGCGGGGCGGCCAUGGCAUCUUGA